UGUGUGUGUGUGUGUGUGUGUGUGUGUGUGUGUGUGUGUGUGUGUGCGUGUGUGUGUGUGUCUAAUGGCAAUGCAUGUCUCUCUGUUAACUGCUUUUACACCUAAUAUGUUGUAUAGUCCAGUGUUUUAUGGAUAUAUUCAUAGCAUUGCUUCUAUGUAAUGUAGGCCUAUUGCUUUAAAUGAUGAGGAAUGAUGUGAUGUUGUAGGCUAUAGGCUACGGGGUCAUAUUGCUGUUGGUUAUGUUAGCGUGAUGAUUAUGUGCUGCGCGAAUAGAGGAAAUAUACGUCCUGUAGGCUAAUAAUAAUUGUGCCCCCCUAUGCAUUUCAUAUGCCCCCCAUUAAGACUCAGGUCUUGCGAUGCGUCUGGUCUGGGUGCAUCCAUUACCUCAACAGGCCUCCUAGUCACAUUGACAUUCGGCCUGGCUGCAGCAGACAAAGUCCCACCGAACCGCGCUUUCUCAAACUGAAAAUCAAACAAGAACAGUCUUAAAAAAAAGGGUGUUAAAAAUAACAUCAUGCACACCAAUUCCAUACAAUGAUACGCAUGAAAGUUAUGUAAACACACAGAUCUGAGACGAGUUGAUCAUGGUUAGCCAGGUGAAUGGCCGGUGACCACGCUGAUGUCUGCAGUUUCACUCAUAUACAACUAUAUGAAAAUGUACGGCGUUUUUUACACCAUAAUAAAGGUGCAACGUGACUGAAUGCGGUCGAAGUGUUGGCUUGCCAUACAGUUGUGUCCAACUUGCGAGACGCAGGGCGCGCGCAAACAUGCGCAAACACACAUGGACCCGCCCAAUUCAUAAGUUACAUUUUGAGGAUCCGUAUCAAAACGGAAUGAAAUGAGUUGACAAUGCUGUCUUGAUAUCAGGCUAAAGCUAAAACCGAUUCAAAACGCUUAAAUCGGCAGAUUCUUGGUCAUUUAAAAUCGAUUCAGUUAGAAAGCCCAGAGGGAUCUUUGGAUGUAAGGAAAACAGUUUUGUCAGUGGACCGACGAUCCACACAUGAACCAAAACCUCCUGAAUCUGUAGGGUACAGACCACCUCUGGAGUUUAUUAACAAAGUGUUCAGAUCUAAGGAAGGAUUCCGAAGAGACUUCCCGUCUAUACAUCUGCUAAAAUGGCCGAAGAAAUCCCUCCUCCUCUCAAACAUUUCCUGACCUGCAGCGUGUGCACUGAGACCUUCAAGGACCCGGUGUCUCUGGGCUGUCACCACAGCUUCUGUUCCAGCUGUCUCCAGGACUUCUGGGCCCAAGCGGAGAACAAGAACUGUCCCGUCUGUAAGAGGAAAUCCUCAAAGGCUCUAGUUGGCGUUAACUUUUCCAUCAAGGAGCUUGCUGACUCCUUCGCAGGAAGACAGAGGUCUGACCCCUCUGAAGAGGCCCAGGUGGUCUGCACUGAGCACUUAAAGGAUAUCAAGUGGUUCUGUAAGGAGGAGCAGAGAGCUGUGUGUCAUGUGUGUGAGUUCCCUCACCACCAGGGUCACACAGUGGUUCCUCUAGAAGAACCAGUCCAGGAGCUGAAGCAGCAGCUGAGACCUGACCUCACGGCUCUACAGGCCAGGAGGAGGAGACACCAGGAGCUGGAGGAGACGUAUGAGGCCAUGGUUCCUCACCUCAAGGGACAGCGGGUGAAGACCGAGAGGCGGAUCAGGAAAGAGUUUGAACAGCUUCACCGGUUCCUGAGAGAGGAAGAGGAGGCCAGAGUGGAGGCCCUGAGAGAGGAAGAGGAGCAGAAGAGGAAGAGGAUCCUCCUGGAGAGGAAGACCCUUCAGGAGCAGAUCCGGUCUCUCUCAGAGGGUCUCUCGGCUGUAGAAGCAGACCUGCAGAAGGACGGCCUGUCGUUCCUCAGCGCUUCCACGCGCUCCCGGACCAGCGCCAGAGCCCUGCUCUCCGGUUCUGAUCCCCAGCUGCUUCCUGGAGCGCUGCUGGACGAGGCCAAACACCUGGGAAACCUGGCCCACCGAGUCUGGGAGGAGAUGGGGCAGAGGACCACCUUCAGCCCCGUUAUUCUGGACCCAAACACUGCAUACCGCCGGCUCUCUCUGUCUGAUGAUCUGACCAGCGUGAGAUAUGGCGAUGUAACCCAGAAGGCUCCUAACAACCCAGAGAGGUUCACUAUGUACACUGAGGUUCUGGGCUCUGAGGGCUUCAGCUCAGGGGAACACUGCUGGGAGGUGGAGGUGGGAGACCAUCCUGACUGGUUAAUAGGUGUUGCUAAAGAGUCAGUGGAGAGGAAAGGAGAGUGUACUGCUUCACCAGCUAAUGGAACCUGGUGUUUACUCCACCGCAGUGGAAAGUACACUCAGGGUACUGGUGAAACCCUGACAUUGAAGAGGACUCCAGAGAGGAUCAGAGUCCAGCUGGACUAUGAUGGAGGGGAGGUGUCCUUCUACGACCCUGAAGACAUGACUCUCAUCUACACCUAUCAACACACUUUCACUGACAACAUCUUCCCUUAUUUUUGUCUUGGAGCAGCAGGUUUAGCCCGGACCAAAGAUGUUAGGGUGUGUGGUGUCUCCUCACGCACUAAGCCAUGUAAAUGAAUGUAACCUUGUCAGUUCUGUUUGCCUGCUAGAGUCUCUGGUAUGUAGAAACAUGGUUACAUAUAUAUAUACACAUAUAUAAUCGGGUAAUAAUCAAAUAGUAGAACAAAGAAACGAAUCAACAGGUAUAUUACAACAAAAUAAUACGAGUCCACCCUGUGGUCAAUGUAUGGAAUGACACAUAGUCCACAGAGCAAGAAAACACUGCAUGCAGUUACACACACACACACACAUAUAUAUAUAUGUAUGUGGAUCAAUAUAUAUAGUUGUGUAUAUAUAUGAGUAUAGUAUCAUAGGCGGUCAGUGAAGGUCUCAGUGCAGCCUAUGGAUCAUUACAGUGAGGGGUGUGUGUGUUUUCUUGUUAAAUGGUAUAAAUGGAAUUGUACGUUAAAUGUUGAUAACAAGGGUCUGUAAUAGAACCACACAUGUAGAGAAAUCAAUGAUACUGUUAACACAAUAUUGUUAUGUUAACACCUACACAAGAAUCACAUGGGAAAAUAAUAAUCAUCUAUCUAUUGGUUGUGUAAUUCUAUUACUUUUGGUUUUAGUCAAUGCUGUUCAUUCCUGUCUGUGUAUUAGUCUGCCCUCACUGUUUGGGACGUAUCGGUUUAUACAUAUUCACGCAGGGUAUAGAAAGGUGUAAGGGUUUGAUUCCAGGGUUUAGGGUUUAGUAACAGAGGAAAUCAAUCAGAACAUAAUGAUGAAUUAAUUAUUAUGUUAUUAUGUUAUUAAUUAUUAUGAAUUGUGAUUAUUCAGAUCAGUGUGAUUCCAUUCCCGUUAACCAACUAAAAGUUAUUUCUUACAAUAAACAUGUGUCGGCCUGUUCUAUGAUUCAUGUCGUUCAUAACUCCUCCAGAAGCCGUCCUGACGCGUACAACAGGAAACCUUCUUCACACACUUCACAAACAUCCGCAAA